CAUAAUAGAUCCUGCAGACUCAGCGAAGGAUACAUUAGACCCUCUCCCACCAUUUUUGAAGACUUUACUCGGACCCAGACUCGGAGUUGAACCGCAUCUUAAUCAUGACCUCGUCCUAAUUUUUAUUUUACAAGUUAUUCAUUUUUAUGUAAAGUUAAUUGUAAACUUUAAUGAUAUAUAAUAAAUAAAUCUUUCUUAAAAACGAGUGUCGUUGAGUUAAAUUUAUAACUGGCGCAGUCGCAUGGGACUAGAUUCACGGGAACAGUGUACAUGUUACCGCGAUCUACAAGACCUACCACAUCCUUCUUGCUGUGAAGAAACUGUGAUGUGCAACUCUGCAAACUACGUUCUAAAAUGGCAGUACAGAACUUUGCAGCUACACAACACUGGACAUCUCUCCAACCACUUGGAGUGGAUACCACAAAUCAACCAGUAUCUGGCAACUUUCCCCACAGGAGAACGUUUAAAAAUCAUCGACCAGGACAUCGCCGAGGAGAAACCACUACAAGGAGUCUUCCUCAUCAAUCCAAACAACAGUCGAAAUAUCGAGGAAAACACCUGAAACACGAGACUAGUUCCUUUGGGCAACCAAACAUCUUGGCAAACGUUGAUUUAAAUUUCCACAUCACUCAGAUGUCAAAGUUCAAAGUACAUCUUGAGGAAUUGAAUCUGCAAAACACACCAUCCAACGUCAUCGUGGAUCGUAAAAACAACGUUUUCUUAACUGCAAUGAGUUCCAGCAAUCUGGCAAUCAUCAUAAUAUUGAUCAUCGCAGUGACUUUAAUCACCACCAUGGCUUGGACACGAUUCAAAAAGAUGACAACAGACUUCACCGGGCCACCCGAGGAUGAAAUCCGCCAAAUUCAAGAAUUUCCAGGAAAAUUCCCGAACUAGGGGGUGGAGGAGUUACAUCCGGAACGGCUGCUUCUGUCAUCAUAAUAGAUCCUGCAGACUCAGCAACUCUACAGAGGCUAUAUUAGACCCUCUCCCACCAUUUUUGAUGUCUUUACUCGGACUCAGACUCGGAGUUGAACCGCAUCUUAAUCCCGAGC